GGGCGGGCCGGCAUGGCGCGAAUGGGGUCCUCGUUGUUGUAUGUAGGCGGCGUGGCGGCCGCCCCAGCCUGUUCUCGGGUGGUGGGGCCCUGUAGCCCUCCGGGCCUCGUCUCCUUGGCACCCGCGUGGGGAUGGGGAAGUGCUUGCCGGAGGAGGCGGAGAUCUAGCAGCGGGAUGCAGAACCCAGAGCCACUGUUCUCAUAAGGCUCCUUCUGAAGCGUGCUGUCCGCUAGGUGCUAGAUUACAAUGACUGCAUCAAAUAAAGCACUGGAGCUACAGCUGCAGAUGAAGCAAAAUGCUGAAGAACUGCAGGAUUUUAUGAGAGAAUUAGAGAGCUGGGAAAAGGAUAUUAAAGAAGUUGAUUCAGAAUUAAGGAAACAGAGUGGUGUCCCAGAAGAGAAUUUACCACCCAUUCGAAACAAGACUUUUAAGAAAAAGAAGAAAAGCAAAAGUAAAGUCCCAUCAAAGACAACCACUGAGGAAAACAAGAAAAACAAGAUCAAGUCUUAUGAUUAUGAAGCUUGGGGAAAACUUGACGUGGAUAAAAUAUUGGAAGAACUUGAUAAAGACGAUAGUACUCAUGAUUCUAUAUCUCCAGAAUCAGACUCUGAAGAAGAUGGAAUUCGUGUAGAUGCAGAAAAGGCACUUGCGGAGAAGGAAAAGGGUAACAAGUACUUUAAACAAGGAAACUUUGAUGAAGCUAUAAAAUGCUACACCAAAGGGAUGCAUUCUGAUCCAUUCAAUCCAGUAUUGCCCACAAACAGAGCAUCUGCUUUUUAUAGAAUGAAGAAGUUUUCUGUUGCAGAAUCUGAUUGCAAUUUAGCACUUGCUUUAGAUAAAAAUUACACAAAGGCUUAUGCCAGAAGAGGGGCUGCUCGUUUUGCUUUGAAAAAUUUUCAAGGUGCUAAAGAAGAUUAUGAAAAAGUUUUAGAGCUGGAUGCAAACAACUUUGAAGCAAAAAAUGAACUGAAGAAAAUUGAUCAGGCUCUGUCAUCCGAAAGUUCAGAACGAAAAGAGUUUGAAGAAGCAGUCAGAUCAGAAUUAACAGACAAAGAGAGAAGGUGCAUUGAAGAAGAGCAGCUCAAGCAGAAAGCUGUUACAGAAAAAGACAUGGGUAAUGGUUAUUUCAAAGAAGGAAAGUAUGAGGCUGCAAUAGAAUGUUAUACACGUGGUAUAGCAGCAGAUGGCAGCAAUGCACUUCUGCCAGCUAACAGAGCCAUGGCCUAUCUCAAGAUGCAGAAAUAUGAAGAGGCAGAAAAUGACUGUACACAGGCUCUUCUGUUAGAUGCAUCUUAUUCUAAAGCUUUUGCCAGAAGAGGGGCUGCAAGAGUUGCUCUUGGAAAGCUGAAAGAAGCUAUGCAAGAUUUUGAAGCUGUUUUGAAGCUGGAACCUGGAAAUAAACAAGCAAUAAAUGAACUCACAAAAAUAAGGAAUGAAUUAGCUGAGAAAGAACAGUCAACUCAUGAAGAAUAUCCUGCAGUACUGGUAAAAGAAAGCGAAAUAAAAAAUAUAGUGAAACUCAUUCAUAAUCCAUUAAAUGUGAAAUCAACAAAGCCGUUGCGAAGAAUAGCCAUUGAAGAAGUUGAUGAUGACAUGCCAAAUAGUGAUUUUCUCAGCACUUCGUUAGUUAGUAACUGGAAGAAUUCAGUGAGUGUUGAAACUGCAGAGAAUCUAGAUCAGGACAAUCAGUUAACUUCAAUGGAUAUUCCAAAAGCAAAGCAAUUGAAAAUUGAAGAAAUCACAGAUGUGUCAUCACCGCAGCUUCCUGCUAGUGUCAAAGGAGUUUCAUCAGUAUUGCAUCCGUCUGUGAACAAACAGAUAGAAAGAGAAAUCAAAACAACAUUUAGAUCUGCAUCUCCAGUCCCUGCCAUUCCUGCAAAUUCUUUCCAGCUUGAAUCUGAUUUCCGGAAGUUGAAAGACUGCCCAGAAAAAAUGUACUUGUACCUGAAGCAAAUAGAGCCUUCACUUUAUCCAAAACUGUUCCAGAAAUCCUUAGAUCCAGAUUUGUUUAACCAGAUACUGAGAAUUCUACAUGACUUCUACAUUGAGAGAGAGGAGCCAUCACUCAUCCUUGAAAUCCUCCAAAGGCUAUCUGAAUUAAAAAGAUUUGAUAUGUCAGUAAUGUUUAUGUCGGGAUCAGAGAAAAAAAUUACACAGGUACUAUUCAGUCAUAUGAAACAGAUGGGAUUGAAAGAUACUCACGUUGAAGAACUGGAGAAGAAAUAUGCCAUAUUCUCUUAGUGAGUUUCCUGACGCUACACAUGUGAAUUGCGCUGUUUCCACACUUCCGUCAUGUGGAAAUCAGCUGAAGAAUCCUAUAAAGACUGGAGUUCUGUUGCUUUUGUAUAGGUGAUUAGAUUCUUAAACUUGAUUCACCCAAAUGGCUAGUGCCUGGAGAGAGAAUUACUUAGUUCUGCAGGCACGUUUGCUUUCCAGCACCUGAAACAAGACAGAUUUACGUAUCUUCAGUGGAAUCUGUUUGCCUAAAAAACAAUGAAUGGUGUUCUAGAUUGCAACUACAGAUGGAGAUCUUUAUUAAAAAGAAAAAAUAUAUAUUUAUAAACAUCUUUUUGGUAAAAAUCAAAUGAUGUAUAAAAAACUUGUUUUUUUAUUUUAGAAAGUAAACUAAACGUUGAGUUAAAAUAUCAAACGACAGUUGUUUUUUUUUAAUAAGGAUAGACCACACCAAUACAUAAAAUACGCAAAGUGAAACUGAGAGACAAUGGCCAAACAUUCCAGAAUUCCUUUACUUAAGUUCAUCCAAAAGCACUGACAUCUGAGAUGUUCCUGUGAAUCUCAAAUGUAAUUGCAGAAUAGAAGGAAAUCAAAUACCAUGAAAUAAAAAAAGUAUGGGGAAAAACAUUUUGGUUGUCUUUGGAGAGUACUUUUAAAGUAAUCUUAUCAAAUUUAUCUUUGGGAGCUUUUGUUCUUAACCAGGUAAAGCUCUUAAGAAGGCUCAGAAAGCUAAUCAGUAUAAAGAAGACAAAGGCAUGAUAUCACAUCAAAAUCUUAGAUAAGAAAUAACAUCAGGCAAAUGCAUAGUAGACUUCUCAUGCUGUUCACAUAAACAGAGGAUGAAAGUAAUACCUCUUACAAAAUAUGCUUUAAGAUAUAACUGUACUAUUCAAGUAAUUUCUUGCAAAAAUUUUUCUGCUUUCUAUGCUUGACCAAUACCUUUUUCAUCCUUUUGGUAUGUUCUGUUUUCAUCCUCAUUCAGACCUUGUGCUUUCCUAAUGCUUCUUUAACUGUGGAAGACUUCUGACAUGAAUGCCUUUAUUUUAAUAGUUGUGGUCUUUUUCAGAUGAAUGAUUAAAUAUCUAUAGCAUUUAAAAAAAAGAGUUCAGACUUCCAAGAUGAAUUAAUAGGAAAAACAGUUUUAAAGCAUUCACAGCUGUGUAUGUUUCAGAAAUAUUCUGGGGAUUAUAUACAGGCAGAAUCUGAGUAGCUGAUAUAAAUGGAGCACUUGAUUUGUAAGGUAGCUUUGAAUUUGUUCUGAAACAGAACUAGCAGAAAGACAACAGCCAGUGUUGUUAGGGAGGAAAUGGACGAGCCUCUAUAUAAUGCUAUUUGCAGCCUGCCUACAACAUGGACUAUCAUUACCAGGUGCGUCCCAGAUCACUUGAUAAGUAGCUGUUUUUCUCCCUGCUUUAAAUCAUUACUGAUAAUGUAUCAAGAAUAUGGCUUGUUACUAAUGGAAAUGUUUAAAAAAUCACAAUGAAAGUAGUUAGAAAAGUAAUUUUUAUAUGCCUUUGUAGGUAUAGAAUGUCCUUUAACGGACUGAUAUUUUUGUCACGUGAGCUGUUCAAUGACCCAGGAACACAGAUGCCUACCUGACUACGGUAUACUUACAGAGCUUUUGGUAUGUUCUCAGAAACUGCUGAUUGAAGGCUGUUGAGAAAAUCAAGUAAUUGAACUACAGAUCCUUAACAGUGAAAGCAAAAUGAUACUGGAAGGAUUUGAAAACUGUAGGUCGGGAGUCCCAUACAACUCCAUUCAGUCUGCUGUGCUUUGAAUGAGAACAAACUGCUAUGUUUGGUUUCUGGUCCCACUUCUGCUUUUAUGUAGAUUGUUCUUCAGUAUUCGUAUGAUGAGGAGGGCUGAUUGAAAAGGAUCUACUUACAUGUAGAAUUUAUUGGGGUGGGUGGGAAGACCUGGUUCACGUGGCUACUGAAUUUGGGCCACCGAGAUUUAUAUUGCAGAUUGCGCUCUACUCUAGUUAUUGCUUGUAUUUCUAAAUGUGAUGUCUGAUAGUAACCUGCUAAGUGCUUGAGGUUGCUUUUCUAUGCAUAGACGUGCAAGAUGGACAGCAGAAUGCAUUCAGAGAACUGCAAGCUUCACUUUCUCCAGGAGAUGGCAGUAUUUUUUUUCCUUCUAAAUUGCUAAAGGUAUUCCUAAAUCUCUGAAUUGAAGAGUUGAAUGAAACAUGGAAAAAAUUCAAAGAUCUGAAGAAAAUCAAGUAAAGAAUUAUUUUUGGAGGGAGAGAGUAUUUAUGCGAACACUGAGAGGAUUAAUAAAUAAAUGUCCGCUGUGUUGGGAGAAAAUGUCUAAUGCCACUGAAGGAAGCUAAAAUGUGUGGAAUAACUUAUGGCCUUGUGCUAUGCUUGAAUGCUGUAGCAUCCAAUGUGUUGAAAAUGCAAGGUCUUAUCCAUUGCAGUAGCUGAUUCAGACUUAAAUUUUGAAGCUCGUAGUGUGAGGUUAGCAUUCAAUGCUGAUAAGGAAAAGGAACAAUUUUCUAGACCACUUAUUGCAAUUUUUAUUGCAAAAUUACUUUGAAUAUUGUCUUCCAGUAGGUCUGGAAGACAUCCAAAUUACACAUUUUCUACUUAUUUUGUCAUCUAGGCAGUGAGUGAGAACGUCAUUGGAACUGAUCCUGGGACAUAUUUCCGCAUAACAUCCUUCCAGCUUUCUCUUGACAGUAGACUGUUGUUUUUCUUAUUUCUGAUAAUUUGCAUUCAUACAGUAGUAGUUUAAAUCUGAGCUCUGUUUCCGUAUCUUGCUUAUAAGAAUGUCCUGUGAUAGCCAGACAUCAAAAUACUUUAUCUACUACUUGCCAUUAGACUACUAGUGGAAAAAGAUAAUUUCAACAUGAGUUAGUUUUGGACAACUUAUCACAGUUGCUGUGAAAAACAUAAAUAUAGUGUGAGUGCUUGUUCACAAGUUUUUUUUAGAAUUAAAAGUUAAUGGUCUCAAACCCUGGUUGUGAAGUCUUCAAUGCUUCUCUUCUCCCUUGCCUUUGUGUUUAAAAACAGGCACUGUCUGUGUGCCAGUUCUCAAAUACAGCUGUUACUACUGCUGUUGAGGCUGCUUCAGCUAGUUUUCUAACAUCUCUUACAGUGAAGGCUUUGGCGCUCAGUCAGUCUGGAUACAUCUAACUUGAGGAAAUCUAUGAAGCAGCUGACAAUCACAUUGUAUUUUUCUUUCUCUGAUCUUUCAGAACUGAUGGUAUUCUGUGUUUAUCUUUUGAUAACUUAUUCAACGUGUAUUUCUCAGUUGAAAAAUUUACCAUGCAAAAGCCAUUGCUCUUGAUUAUCCUUGAGCAUAAAACUACCCUGACUCCUCAGGAACAUAGCAUAUGUUUGAACCUUAUCUGCUUUUUUGGUUAUGAUAAGGGAAAGUAAAACUUUUGGAAUAAAAGGUGAAAUUGAUUAUCACUGUUGUAAUAUCUCUUAAGCACUCAGUUCCGCCUGAUUGCAGCAGUGAAGAUGUAUGUGUUUUUUGCAUAUGUCUGUUUCUUUUUCUGUCCUGAGAUUUUUCCCAUUACAUGUCACCUUGUGCUGAAUACCUCUCUGAAUUGCAGUCUUGGUUCUCAGUCAGGUUCAGAACAUUGUCUUCUCUGCUGCCUUCCCUCUUCCAUAAUUAGUUUCAAGCAGCUCAGCCUCUACAAGUAUCGUUUGAAGUCUCCUUUUAGUUUUCUAAAACUUUGUUGAAGGCUUGUUUCUGAAAGCUUUCAACCAACAGCUCUGCUUCUUCAGGCUACAUUUAGUAAGAGUAUUUUUCUUCUAGUACCUGGCUUUAUAAAUGGAAGGAGGUACAGCAUAGAAAGAAGGGAAAAUCCUCUUGUUUUUCUUUCUUCCCUUGCUUCCUAUUCAAGUGGUCCCUGAGCUCAGUUGUGGUUUUUCCUUUUUACUUUCUGCUACUGCUGAAAAACAAACACUGCUUUCUAAAACUUCCUUUUAUCUUCAAAUUUCAGAGCAAUUGGUCUCUUCCAACAGCCAUUAUAUUAAUAAGGAUAAAUCAGUUUCUCGUCUCUUCAUAACAAAAAAAAAUUUGUCUGGAUUUUAAACCAAGAAGGCAACCGUUAGGCACAAAUACUAAUUGUGAUAACAGACAGCUGAGUAAACAAGUUGUCUUUGUCCUGAUACCUUAUGAGAUGGAACAGCUUAACAGUUUUAUAUAAACUAUCAAAAUGGACAAGUUUGUCCUGAGAUCUGAGCAGUGGAUCAGAGUUUAAGUACAGUGAAAACAGAGGAAAAAAGAAAAAAAACUACAACAAAAAACCACCCUUACAUAAAGUAUGUAUUACAGGAAUGACUGCUUGUACUUCAGAUUGCAAGGAUACAUACACAGACACAGCUUCCUCCCUAAUUAAUCCGCAGUCUGUAAGGGCAUCACCAAAGAGCAGGAAAGGCAAUGGUUUGUUUGCCCGGCUGUGAUUCUGAUGGGAGAAUAGUGUUUGCAUUUCUUAAGUCAAAAUCCAGUGUCUUUGUGACUGCAACCAGGCUGAGUACUCAGUUUGACAAGUGAUGCUUCAACUUCAUUUAUAAUGAAUUGCUAUCACUUUUGAAAAAAUCAGGAAUACCUUGACUUUAGAAAAGUCUAGUGCAGAGGCCUAGUUGAGAAGUGGUGAUGGUGCCAGUAUUGUUUCUCUUUUCUAAAAUAGCAUUUUAAAAUAGACUGUUGAAAUGAGAAGUCAUGAGCUACUACUGUACGCUGAAGGUGCUGUGUAACACUGUACAGAACACGAGCCUCGAGGGCUACAAUCUUGUUCCUGGAGUUGAGAUUUCUUGGUAUUUUGUGAUUGGAUUCUUGUGCUUGUGAAAAUUAGGCUGUCACAGGGUUACGUGCAAUUAAAUAACUAAUGCAACAUUUAA